ACCACAGCUUUGUUUCUACUUGUCUGAGUGCUCUAGAGUGCUCUUAACGAAUGCUGGGAGCUUAAUUAUUGUGACGAGACUGUUUACGGUUUUUGAGACUGUAUCUAAGAAAUUAGCAGCUGUUAUCGUCAUUUCUGGGCAUUGCAGCCAAGAGCAUUUUCUCACUCUAAGUCUUACAGCCCACGACAGGCGCGGAUGCCAUGGUGUCCUCUUCUUCAAUUGCCCUUGACAACAUGUCAUCCCAGUCGCCCCCGACCCUUGAAGGGGACCUCAGUCAUGCACACCUAUGGUCCAAGGACGGCGAGCUAGACUCGCAGGACAUUUCACCACCACGUUCAAGUACGAGCACAGAGAAGGGAAAGGCAAAGCAGCUGGACGAAGAAGCAUAUGAUGACGAAGAAGAUACCAUAGAGAACCCUGGCUCAGAGGCAUAUCCCCCUACAACCGACGACGCAGCCGAGACGCGACGAGUCGAAGAGAACCUGCGUCGAUGGGAGAUGGCUGAGCGCGAACGACGGAGAGCCGCGCGCGAGUCUGCGCAGGCCAAUGGAGGCGGCGGCGGUCCGUCUUUACUCGGAGAAGUAACACGCAGGGCAAGCGUACUCCUGUCGAAGCGACAGACAGGCAGAUCAUCUUCAGGAGGGCUGGGUAACCACCGAGCUCUCAAAUCUAGAGACUCCGUCGACGUAGUACCGCUCGACGACAUCGACCAGAGUCCGCGCACAUCUGCGAAUCCCUUCAUACAUCCAUCUGAAGUGGAACCGGGGUUUGAUUCCCCGUCAUUGUCCCCCUUCGUCGAUUCGAAGAAGCAGUCGAGCGUAAUGUCCGAGUCUUGUGACCUGGACUCCCCGCGUUCACCUGAUAAUUUCGAUUCGAAUACGCACUCAUUGCAGUCAGCCACAAUCCCUCCAACGUCGAAGCUUGUUCCUCCCCCACAGCCGCUGGGGUUACCGCCGCCUCUAACACCACCACCUAAAGGGACCAGACCACGCAUGGCUCCUAUGAAAUCCACACCUCCACCAACGUUGCGUCAGGAACCUAUGGAACCCGAGCAGGAGGUGAGAUGGUGGCACGACUGGUUAUGUGGAUGCAGCGAAGGACCAGACCGGGGAGGGGAUAACCAAGCUGGACGCACGAAUCCUUUUGAAUGAUCCACUUCAGUUGACAUGACCCUCCCCUACGACGUACACCUUGACAUACACGGUACUAUACCAGUAGUUUCGCAUCCAGGGACUAAUCUGCGCCAUUGCAUAGGUACUAACUAUAGUUUAGAGGUUUCAUAGUGUUUGGACGGUUCGCGGCAUACACACCACGUUGCAUACCCGCUUUUGUUUAUCUUGUUACCUUCAUCCACACUUGUUGCACGGAUAAUUGUAGCAAAAGGGAACAUC